AUGUACAAUUAUAUCAAGUUUCUGAACUCUUGUGUUGAUAGGACAGAAGUAAUACGCACCUGUAGCAAUCCCAUCUUUUCCAAGGUCUUCACAGUGGACUUCUACUUUGAAGAAGUUCAGAGGCUACGGUUUGAGGUUUAUGAUAUCAGCAGCAAUCACAACGGACUGAAAGAUGCUGACUUUCUUGGAGGGAUGGAAUGUACUCUUGGACAAAUUGUGUCACAGAGGAAACUUGCCAAAUCAUUGUUGAAACAUGGAAACACAGCAGGGAAAUCUUCAAUAACGGUGAUCGCUGAGGAAUUAUCAGGGAAUGAUGAUUACGUUGAACUUUCCUUCAGUGCACGAAAACUGGAUGACAAGGAUUUCUUCAGCAAGUCUGAUCCAUUUUUGGAAAUCUUUCGUAUGAACCAUGAUGGAACUCAACAACUUGUACAUAGAACAGAGGUUGUGAUGAAUAAUUUGAAUCCAGUAUGGAAGACAUAUAAGGUUUCAUUGAAUACUCUUUGUAGUGGAGAUGAAGAUCGCAAGUUAAAGUGUAUAGUCUGGGACUGGGAUUCAAAUGGUAAACAUGACUUCAUAGGGGAAUUUACUUCCACAUUCAAGGAAAUGAGAGUUGCAACAGAUGGAAGACAGGUGCAAUGGGAAUGUAUAAAUCCAAAAUACAAAGUAAAGAAGAAAAGUUACAAGAACUCAGGGAUUGUAAUCCUCAACCAGUGUAAGAUUCACAAGAUGCACUCUUUUCUAGAUUAUAUCAUGGGUGGAUGUCAAAUCCAGUUUACAGUAGCUAUUGAUUUUACAGCUUCUAAUGGUGACCCAAGAAACAGUUGUUCUCUGCACUAUAUUCAUCCUUACCAGCCUAAUGAGUAUUUGAAAGCUUUGGUAGCUGUAGGAGAGAUUUGCCAAGACUAUGACAGUUUCUCAUUACCCUUAUACGAUCUGAAGAAUGAGAAAUCCGAAAGCACUUAUCGUUUGGACAUUGAAGGAAACUUUACUACGUUCUACUAUCUUCCCUAUUUUGAGUUUUAA